AUGGAGAGUGCCCCCAAUGGGACGCAAAAGCGUCCAAACUUCCUUUUCAUUCUCGCCGAUGAUCUGGGAUUUUCUGAUAUUGGCUGUUAUGGAAGCGAGAUUCGCACACCUAACAUUGACCGUUUGGCCUCUGAAGGCAUCCGUAUGCUCAAUCACCAUGCUGCCGCAGCUUGUUCGCCGACACGUGCAAUGCUCAUGAGUGGCACCGAUGCGCAUCUAGGUGGACUAGGCGUCUUGAUUGAAUAUAAGCAAAAUGCACACGGCGCAAAGCGAUUCUCAGGAAAGGCUGGAUAUGAGGGGCAUCUGAACAAUGAUGUGGCGACUUUACCUGAAGUUCUGGGGGAUAACGGAUAUUUUACUGCAAUGUCUGGCAAGUGGCAUCUUGGACUGCGUGCCAGUCAGGGUCCUUGGGAACGCGGUUUUCAAAAGGCAUUUGCUAUGCUCCCCGGGUGUUGCAAUCAUUAUGGCUGGGAACCCGUUCAAGAGCGCUUUCCUUUCGGAGGAUCACCUAUCCAUGCCGAGAAUGGGCUCAAGGCCGAUAUAACUGCCAACACAACGGAAGAUCCUGAUGGCUUCUACUCGACCGACUAUUAUACCAACCAAUUGAUUCAAUAUUUCGAAGGUCGGUCGGAAUCUGAGCAACAGAAGCCUUUCUUUGCAUUUUUACCCUACACCGCUCCCCAUUGGCCUCUCCAAUGCUCCAAGGAACAACGAGACAAGUACAAAGGCAUGUAUGACGAUGGACCAUAUGCUUUAAGAGAGCGACGCUUAAGCAAGCUUGCUGAGAUGGGUAUCAUUAAUGAGUCUGUUGUUCCCCACAAAGUCGAAACAAGCACUGUGGGCGCCGGGGAGUGGGAAAACCUCACCGCCGAUGAGAAGAAACUGUCCAGCAGAGCCAUGGAGACAUAUGCCGGUAUGGUAGACUCAGUCGACAUCAAUGUUGGUAAGGUGGUGGAAUACUUGAAGAAGACAGGAGAGUAUGACAAUACAUUCAUCGUAUUCAUGAGUGAUAAUGGGGCCGAAGGCGCUGCAAUUGAAGCAAUCCCCGUUAUGGGAAACAAGGUUGUGAGCGCUAUCCACCGGCACUACGAUAACUCCCUCGAUAAUAUUGGAUCUUUCAACUCAUUCACUUGGCUCGGCCCACUGUGGGCUCAAGCGUCAACUGCGCCAUCGAGGCUAUUCAAAUGCUUCCCUUCCCAGGGCGGCAUCCUUGUUCCCUGUGUUGUCAAGCCUCCAACCAACACUUUCAAUUCGUCCUUCCAGCCAGGGUCUUUUAAUAGAUCGUUCUCAACAGUGAUGGACUUUUUGCCCACCUUUCUCGAGCUGGCUGGCGUCUCGCUGCCUCCUGCAUCGGAGAAAAUUCCGGCUUCUGCUCUAAGUAGAGGGGCUUCCACCCGUUGCAAAAUGACCACCUUUCGGGGAAGAGAUGUUCAUGCCAUACGAGGCAAGUCCUGGGUCCCACUUUUUGUGCAAGACAAGAAGGUCGAGGAUGAGGAAAUGUGGCACAUCCACUCGUCUUCAGAGCCUAUCGGAUGGGAGCUCUUUGCGCGUGGAGCACUACGAAAGGGGGACUGGAAAAUUGUUCAUUUCGCUAGAGCUCAAGGAGGAGCUGGCGAAGGAGAUGAGGGGUGGGAGCUGUUCAAUGUCGUUGAAGACCCUGGCGAGACCAAGGACUUGGCCGAAGCGGAACCAAAGAAGCUAGCGGAACUUCUGGCAUGCUGGGAGGAGUACGUAGUAGAAUGCGGUAUUGUAUGGGGCGAGGAUGCUCUUGCACCCGGAUUUAGCGUUGAGGAGGCUCCGGAACUGUGGGAAGAUGAGCUGGAACUACAAAGAUCGUGGAUGGGGGCUGGGGCAGGACAAUGUCCGGCUGCGUGCCGUUGA